CUUUCACAUCUCUAAGACCUUAAUGAAUUUCUGCCGUUCGUGACCUCUCCUGAAACACACUUUUUUUCCCUCCUUUUCAAUCUGCGAGAAGCCUUACAAUAAUAGCAUUGCUCCCUGGAUUUCCUUUACCCCCAAAGCAACCUGGAGUGAUUCGGUCACCCAGUGCUGCCGGGACCAGUGCUCUGAUAAGGGAGGCAGCCGCAGGGACAGGCAGUGGGAGCUGCUGGCACCCCAAGAUAACCCCAAACCUCACGCUGCGCGAGCAGGACAGGAACCAGGGCUCAGGCUGUGGCCCCAACGCUUCCUGUUCGACAGAAAGAAACACAGUGAGGCAGCAGCAGCACGAAGCUGUGGGCACCCAGAGGACACAGUGUUUGUGCCCUGCAGCCCCGCGCUCACCCAGCUGCACCGAGGCACGGCCAGCAAGAAACGUUAACAGGUUGAAAAGCAAAGCUAAAGGACACGGUUGGUAAUUAGAGAGGGUAACUUCAGGCAGUGGCAGAAGGACAUAAAGUAUUCUCUCACCAAGAAGGCCUCAACACUUUGCUCAGCUCGGGCCCCUGGUUUUAACAGGACGGGGGUCUCGCCAUGAUCAGCCCCCCAGAACGGAGCCGGCCGCGGCGUGCAGGCGAGAGCUACGAGGAGAAGUGUGAGCGGCGGCAGGAGACGCGCGAGGCCUUGCGGCGCCGUGGCCAUGCACACAGCGCCCGGCGGCCAGGCCGCAGCGAGGAGCAGCCACAGAGCCCACGGCAGAGAGAGUUCCUGCGCAGGAGGAACCUUGGCAGCACCGCCGGGGAGCUCAGCGCACCCGUCCUGCUCCAGCGCCCAUGGAGUCACCCCGUGUGCCCAUCCACACUCGCCCCACUUGGGCUCAGCAGUCCUACAGGCAUUUUGGCUGAAGCCAUCCCUGGGCCACGCACCUCUGUGAGCUCCCGAGGAACUCAGACUCCUGCAAGCACAAGGGUGAAGGACUCAGGCCAACAGACAGACUGUGGAAAUACAGUUUUCAAUAAGGAAAUCGUGCAGCUCUCUGGUUACCUGAAGGAGGCCCUGCACCGUGAGCUGCUGCUGAAGCAGAAGAUGGUGAUCCUGCAGGAGCUGCUCGCCACACUGCUGCACGCCUCUGAGAAGUCCUGGCAGGGUCAGCUGAAUGAAGAUAAACUCAAGUGUAAACUGAGGGCCCUGGAAAAUCAGCUGCAGGCCUGCACCCAGAGUUACUCAAAGGAGUGUGUGAAGAAGAUCCUGAUAGAGAUGGAGGACCAGAAGCAGACCUACGAGCAGAAGGCAAAGGAGGCUCUGCAGAAAAUGCUCGAGGACAAACUCCAGGCAGAGCAGCAGCUGCAAAACUCUCAGAGGUGCCUGGCUGUGGCAAGGGAGGACCUUGCCUUCUGGAAGGAGCACUACACCAUGCUCAAAUCCGAGUGGGCCCAGAUGGCCAAGGCACACAGCGAGCUCAAGAGCAACCUUCAUGCCCUGCAAAGCCAACUGCAGCACAUGGCUACAAGGAAUGAGGAGCUCUGCCAGGCCCUGGACUUCCUGCAGCACGAGCAUGCCGAGCUCCAGCAGCGUGCUGACAGCCUGCAGCAGGACAACCAGCUCCAAGCCAAGCGUAUCUGCAACAUCGAAGGUAAAUUGCAAAAAGAGCAAAAUCAGAAGCUAAUAUUGGAGGCAACAAUCAGCCACCUGCACAACCUGAUGCAGAACCAGACCAAUGAGCAGAAAACACAGGAAGUGGUGGUGCAAAGGAAAGAUCAGGUUUUCACCAUGCAGAACCCACCUCUCACUCCUGCCAAGGAAAUGCAAAAUGCAAUGUCUGAGCAUCCCAAGGAGAAGGCAGAAGAAAGCCUGAGGGAUGAGAUGCAGGAAAGGACAUUCCAGCUUACAGCAAAGGAGAAAGAGGUAUGUAAGGGCAUGCGAGCAGCAGAAGGGGAAAUCCCCCCUCGUCCCACUGCCCACACACAGGUGAAGCACCAUAGCUGCUGUGGGAGCCCUGCCUGUUCUGGGGUGUCUGAAGCCACAGGACUCCCUCCUGCUGACCCCUGCCUCCAUUCCCCCUCCUCCAAGUGCCAGGAGCUGCGUGCAGAGCUGGAGGCACUAAGUGAGGAGUACCGCUGCUGCCUGAGCUGCCUGCGCCAGUGCCGCCAGGAGCUCAACCAAAGCCAGAUUGUGAAGAGACAACGCGGUAACUGGCUCCCUCUUCUGCUGGCAGUGAUAGCAAUAGCCACGGCUGCUGUGCUGGCCAGCUACAGACCAUGAGCACCUCCUCAGUGACCUCCGUGCACAACUGACUCCUGACCUGCUGGCAGCAACCUGCCCUCACUGCAGUGCUUCUUCUGCCGCUCCUUGCCUGCUUCAUACCCCAAGCUGGUCUCGGCCAGACAAACUGACAUGGCUCCAAUAAAUGUGGGGAGAUCA